AUGGCCGGGUAUGAGGUGUUAGGGGCGGUGAGGAACGCUAAGGAGCGGUUAGGAGCGCCGCCCUUCGCGGCCCCUCGUGCCGCCCUUGCCCCCCCCCCCCCCCCCCCCCCCCCCGCCCGCCCCUCGCGGCCUCUUCACGGCCGGUCGCCGCCCUCCGCGGCCCCUCGUGCUGACCUUCACGGCUCGUCCGCCGCCCUUCGCGGCCUCUCUCAGCCCGCCGUCGACGCCUCUGCAGCAACAGCAGCCGCAGUCGCUACAGCGGCCGCGGCCGCCGUCCCCGCAGCAGCAGCAGCCGCUGCCCCUGCAGCAGCACCCGCCGCCCUUGCAGCAGCGGCCGCCGCCGUCUCUGCAGCAGCGGCCGCCGCCGUCCCUGCAGGAGCGGCCACCGCCGUCCCUUGA